ACUAGUGUUACAUAGUUUUAUUUGCAUUUGUUAGUGAAAACAAUACUUUCAUUUAUCAUUUCCCAAAUUUUUCCUCUCUUCCUUUUUCUUUAUCGUUCCAUAUGCCCAAAAGAUGUUCUUACAGGUUGAAAGUCCGUUCGCUAUAGUUUCUAGUGCAGUACAAAACGGUUUGCGGUUUACCGGUAUUUCUUAGUUUGUGUUGUGCUCGAGUUAAAAAGUUUAAAACGUAAACAAAAAAGUUCCGGGCAAGAAAUCCAUGAAAAAUAACAGUAUGUAUUGUAUAUGUGAAAAAAGUUCAGUUUAUGUAUAAAGUAUAAAAGUUGCUAGUAAAAAAAGUUCUCGACGUGUUAUAAAAAGUAUGUUCGACACGGUAUGGAUCGCGCGCGUUGUGCCUUCAAGAGCGAGUACUGCACAGGCUCUUAUUGAUACAGGCUAGAAUAAUUCAUCAUGUCAGACUCUGGUUCAGAAAGUUCUUCCUCAGAGGGUUAUGAUGGAAGGAGAAAUCCAGUCACUGCUGACAAUGUGGCUUCACCAAACUACUCGCACCAUUCGUCUGUGUCGGGUCAUAAGUCUAGAGCAAGUUCUAUUUCUUCAAGAGGAAAAUCUCCUGCAUCUAUUAUAUCUGAAAGAGAUUCAAAGUCACCAGGAUAUACACCGAUAUCGCCAAAGUCUCAGAGGUCUGGGUUAGCAUCUCCCAGUGAAGAAGGUUCUCCAAGAUCUACACGUAGUUUAUCAAAAUCACCACUUAACACACCAAAAUCGUAUCGUUCGAGAAAUAAUUCUUUGGAUUCACCUAGAAGUGAUAGAAGUUUGUCUUGUUCACCUAUACCAGAUGAAAGAUCGUGUCCGUCUACUCCAAAUGACUCAAAAUCUUUACAUUUGGAAGAUGCAGAAACCAAACAGUUUGAGUUGGAGGUUGAUGCGCAAAGGUCUGGUGAUAAUUCUCCUAAAUCGUAUUCUUAUAAAAAUAGCGAAUCAAGACAAAGCUCGCCCAAAUCCCCAAGAUCUGGGCAUAGUUCGGCAAAAUCAUUAAUAUCUGGAAGAAGUUCUCCAAAAUCAGGUCCAGCUUCUAUAAUGGAUGAUCAAGAAUCAGAUAAACAUUCACCGCCUCACUCACCGCCAACAAAGAGUGGUUCAUUUAACGAAUUAGAUGGAGAACAAAUUUCUGAUGGAGAUAUUGAAGACGAACCAGAAUCUAUAGCUAAAUCGAAACCAGCACCAAUUACACACGGUGAAGAUUUGUCGGACGUUUCUGAUCUUGAAAGUAUGGAUGGAGUUGAUGGUACUACAGAACACGAGUCCGAACUUAAGGAAAAUAAACAAAAUGAUGAUAGGCGUGGAGGAGAUAAUGACGAUAAAAUGGAGAAAGAUGAUAAAAAUGCACAGGUUGGAUUGACAGAAGAAAGUGAACAACUGGACUUCGAAGCGGAUGGUCAGUGGAAGGAUGAACGUGAUGAAGGGGAAACAGAAGGGCUAAAUGUUAAAGAAAACAAAGAUGAAAGAGAUAGAAAAGACAAGGAUAAAGAUAAAGAUAAAGAUAAAAUGAAAUCAAAGGAAGGAUGUGACGGAAAUGACAAAGAAGAAGGGGAGGAAGAUGGAGAGAAAGCGGAGUCGGAAUUGGAGGAAGGCGAACUUAGUGAUGGUGAUGAUGCUCGGCCAGAAGAAACAGAGCCAAGACCAGUUUGUCGGUUUUACAAUCGCGGUCAGUGCACAUGGGGUGUUAGUUGUAGAUUUUUACAUCCAGGUGUAACGGAUAAAGGUAAUUAUACCAUGUUUGAUAUGGUAAGGCCAAUGGCAUAUCCGCCACAUGCAGCCACUCCACAUGAGUUCAGACCACAUAUUGAUAGACCAAAUAUGGUGCGACCGUUACCUGGUUAUGGUGCACCAUCGCAUACGCCAAAAGUAGAAGAGCUUCCUACCGAAUCUGCGUGGGAACGUGGAUUAAGACAUGCUAAAGAAAUGAUGCGCAAAGCAAACAAACGCAAAGAAUCGGAUAUGGACUUCGAAGAAAAGAAAAUGAAUUUAAGCUUAGGACAAGACGAAUUAGACAGAGAAGCAGGUUAUUAUGUAAGAGCAGCUAGCCCAGAACCACCUGUUGAAAGGUGGCCACCUAGAGAGGCACCUCGAAGAAUACCACCACCAAGAAUUACACCUGAAAGAUAUAUCGAAGAACCUGAUCCUUACUAUGCACCACCGGCAGCACCGCCACCAGAAUAUUAUAGGAGAGUGCAUUAUAAAGCAGAUACUCGUGUUGCUGAAUAUCGAGAACGGAUCGAUUAUCAUACGGUACCACGCGGAACGCCGCAUUCUGUUUCUCCACCACCUCACACAAGAGAACGCGAAAGAGAAAGGGAACGUGAACGCGACAGGGAGCGAGAGUAUUAUGAAAAAUAUGAGAAAAAACAUAAACGUCCAUCAAGGGAAGUCAUAGUAGAACGUAUUCCACCGACGAAACCGUGGCGAGAAGAAGAACCACCGCCAGUGGAAAGAGGUAGAGGAGAUGAAUGGGCGGAUCCUUGGAUGCGGCGGAAGUCUCCUAGUACCGUGCGGCGGAAUACAUCAUCUCGGCGUUCACGAAGGCAAUCGUAUUCUUCCGGAUCUUCGUAUUCGUCGACAAGUUCUAGCCGUAGCUCGAGCCGCUCUAGCUACAGUUCUUACGACUCCCUAUCCAGGUCCCGCUCACCAUCCCCUCCCUCUAGAACCCGUGGUGCUGGCAAAGGGAAAGCAGUCGCGUCAUCGCCACCCUCAAAUCCUCCAGCAGUCGCAGCUGCUGCACCCCAACGCGGUGCCAUGUUAAUGAACCCACCUGCUCCUUCUCCACGUCCACCAAAAGGUUCCAUUUCACCCACAACCGGUACGUUGCAUCGACGUGCCGGGCUAAACCCUCCUGCGCCAAGCCCCCUUUCAUCUCAUCAACGUCACCACGAGAAGGGAAGAGAUAAAGCAGCUAUAGCGGCAGCUGCUGUGGCAAAGGUUAUCAAAAGUCGAUCAAGAUCCAGGUCUUCACACAGCAGUUCAGGAUCAGAGAGCAGCGGUAGCAGCAGCGAUUCCAGCGAAUCAAGUUACUCGUCUUCUUCUAGUGAGACACGUCGUAGGAAAGGUUCAACGCCACCGAUAACACGAAAAGAUUCUAAGGGUAUUGACGCAUUGAAGUUGAGUGGUACUAAACAACAAAUCAAACUCACAUUGAAACCAACCAGCAACGCUACGGCUGUGAAAAAAAUUGAUCGGUCCGGUAUGAUGGCCGGAAAAAAGAGACCGUUAGAAUCGCCACCUUUAAUCGAUAGCAAAGCAAGCGUCGCCGCGGCUGCAGCGAAAGCAGCUAAAAAAGCAAGUUCAAGGCGAGAAGAGUUAUUAAAACAACUUAAAGCAGUUGAAGACGCGAUCGCUCGUAAGAGAUCAAAAGUUUAAUAAUGCAGCUUAUCGCCUUGAAGGUAAUUAUGUACCUACAUGCAUAAAUAUUUCUUAGAUGUAUCAUGUAAUUAGCUGCUGUAAUGUAACGUGUGAUAUCAGAACAGAAAAUCAUAUUGGAAACAGAAGCGUUUCUAAUUACACAUCGAUUGUUCUAUUCACAGUAUCGACAUUUUAUCCUCUAAUUUUCUUUUUUUUCUGGUAAUAUGUAAGCGAAUACAACGUUAAAUGAACAGUCUUGCUGUACAGUUUCUUGAUUGCUGCAACUUAAAAACCAUACGUGUCUUUUCAUGUAUA